AUGAAGCGCGAUGCCGGUCAAGGCGACCCGAAGACAGAUGCCUUGGAUGGACAUCCAAACGAGCGCUCUCACCUUCUUCCCAAACCCGGCGACGCUGAUGACGCCGGCGAAGGCGAGACCUACGAGCUUGAGCCAGAAAGCCAGUCGCGGACGCAACGCAUUGCCACGGAGUUCUGGAUACUGUUAAAGGGCUCAAUACCAGUGAUUCUGGCCUACACCUUACAAAAUUCGCUACAGACCAUUUCGGUUCUGAUCGUUGGACGACUGAGUCCCGAAGCGCUAUCUGUUGCUGCCUUCUCAUAUAUGUUCGCUAUGGCGAGCGCCUGGCUGAUCGGCAUGGGUGGCACGACGGCCAUCGAUACUCUUGCGAGUGCAUCGUUUACUGGCUCGAAGAACAAGCAUGAUCUAGGCAUCAUUCUUCAGCGAGCCUUCUUCGUUCUAGGUAUCUUCUAUAUUCCAGUGGCUAUUUUGUGGAUUUUCUCGGAGCCGGUUUUCAAGGCCCUGAAACAGGAAGACUACAUUGCGCGAGACUCAUCCAAAUUCUUGAGCGUGCUGAUUCCAGGUGGACUCGGAUAUGUUUACUUCGAAUGUAUGAAGAAGUACCUGCAGGCACAGGGCAUCAUGCGACCCGGUACCUACGUGUUGCUUAUCACUUCUCCGGUUAAUGCGGGCUUGAACUUCCUCUUCAUCUACACCUUCAAGAUCGGCUUACUUGGAGCCCCCAUUGCGACUGGAAUAUCUUACUGGCUGUCAUUCUUGCUGCUCGUCGCUUACUCUCGCUUCGUUGCUGGAUGGGAAUGCUGGGGUGGCUUUGAUCGAAAGUGCUUCCAUAAUCUGGGCACGUUUGCACGCAUUGCUGCGCUCGGAGUUGUGCAUGUUGGAACGGAAUGGUGGGCUUUCGAGAUCGUCGCGAUUGUGGCCGGCCAACUCGGGACGAUACCGCUCGCCGCUCAAUCCGUGAUCAUGACUGCAGAUCAAGUCAUGAAUACAAUACCCUUCGGCGUAGGAGUUGCCACUUCUGCCAGAGUUGGAAAUCUACUCGGAGCUCGUGAUGCUGUCGGAGCUGCACGAGCGGCAAACACUGCCGCUUGGCUCUCCAUGCUCCUCGGAGGUGUGGUUCUUGCAAUCUUGCUCGGCACCAAGGACAGCUUCGCCUACCUCUUCAACGACGACCUACAGGUGGUUCGCCUGACCGCAGAGGUGCUACCAUAUGUCGCCUUGUUCCAGAUCGCGGACGGUCUGAACGGUUCCUGCGGCGGCGCGCUUCGCGGUAUGGGACGCCAGCACGUUGGAGCCGCAGUCAACAUUGUCAGCUACUAUUGCGGAGCUUUGCCUCUUGGGAUCUAUCUCGCCUUCCAUGGUUGGGGGCUGGCUGGGCUUUGGGUGGGACAAUGUAUUGCGUUGUACCUGGUGGGUGCGGCCGAGUGGGUGAUUGUAGCGUUCAGUAACUGGGACAAGGAGGUAAGCAACGUCUUCAAGCGCAUGGAUCCUGCCGAGCGGGCGGAGCACGGCAUCGAGGACGGUGGUUCGUAG